AUGGCUCGACUAGCCUCGUCCUUUCAGCCUUGGACAAAAUUUAUUGCCGAGAGUCCAAAUUCUUCUCGCUAUAAUGCGAGACUGUCUAAAUCAGAGAGGACGAUGCUCGGUCCUAGACUUCACACGCUUCGAGAAGAAGGUGCCAGUCGUCAUGACAUGCAACUUGAGGCCCAGGCUUCGACUGGUAGACCGGUUACUCUCGAGCAACUUGACGGAUUGCUGAAGGAGCAUGACAUCAAUUUCUACAAGAAGCAAUAUCGUAACUCGAACCUUGAUACCCAUAAUAGCGACGCUUUGUCAAGCUCUGCAAUAUCACCAUUGCAGGGAAACAAUGCCAUGACGACCCCCAGCUUCAGCUGUGCCGACGUAUCUUCUACCAGAACGAGACUAGAAGUGUUGCGAAGGCCCAAAAGUCCCGAAAGCGCAAUGCAAGCCCCGGUAUCUCCCCAGCCGUAUGCCGCGGAUAUAUCAAUGGUCGGUGCUGAGCUUUCAGAUAGCGAUGGCAACUUAAGACGGUCCACUUUCGACGACAUGAUUACAUCAUCGAAGCUCGUUUAA